CGAGCUCAACUUCCGGUGACUUUCUUUCCUCUCGUUGGCCUUAGGACGCACGAGGUGCUCAUCAUGUCGUCCCACUUGAACUGGAUGAUCAUCCGCAACAACAAUGCUUUCCUACUCAAGAAGAGGAAUAUCAGCAAACCUUUCUCAACGGAACCCAACAAUCUGACAAACCUGAGCAGCUACCGUUACUCUGGGCUCGUCCACCGUAAAACGUUGGGAGUUGUCGACACCCCAGACAAGAAGGGAUUCACUGUUGUCUACAAGAAGGGAAAGGUCGCCAACAAACCAGCAAAGGCCACCAUCAAGCGCACCAUGAAGGCUGGAGCCCGUCGUUCCCUGUGGAAACUGAAGAACCUCAUCUCAUCCACCAAAUACAGGCGUGAUCUCACCAAGGCUGCCAUUCGUCGUGCCAGCGCAGUCCUCAGAUCCCAGAAGCCACUUCCAGCUAAGAAGACACGUGCUCCUAAAAAAACUGAUUAAUUCCUGAGUUUUCUCUAAUAAAAAUAUUCUAAAGCCAA